UGGGUAUCAAGAGGCUUGUAUCAGAUGACGACAAUUACUUAGUAGAUUUGAUAUGUGCUGAGAUGCUACAUAAUUUGGAAAACGUGGCAAGAGUUGUGACCAGACUUGCAAAAAAAUGCAGUGAUCCCCUUUUAAAAUGCUUCGAGCGUGCAUAUGAUGAUUUGAUCAAGUCGGGUGUCGACCAGUAUCACUGGCAGUUAACUUGGAAGAAGAUGAACAAGAAAGUCAAAAAGAUGGAAAAGUUUGUUUUUGUGAAUGCGAAUUUGUAUCAGGAAAUGGAAACCCUCACAGAGCUUGAACAAAUCCUGAGGAGAAUGAAGAGCAACGAUGACCAAGAUAGCAUAACUUUGGUCGAGUAUAUGAAGAAAUUGGCAUGGAAGCAGCAAGAAGUCAAACGGCUGAAAGAGAUAUCUUUGUGGAACCGGACUCAUGAUUAUGUGGUUCUCCUUCUGGCAAGGUCCAUAUUCACUAUUUUCAAUAGGAUUGGGCAUGUAUUCGGAAUGAAUCACAUUUUACCUCUGUCAACGGACUACUCUGAUUCCCUAGAUUCUGAUCAUAUCUACCGCAGCCAAUCUGUAUCGGCAUUGCUUCAGUCUUCCAUUCACCCGUCUGAGAAUGGGCUUGCCAGGUUCUCAUCCGGUCCCUUGGGAAACAUAAUUUCUAGAUCUGGCCCAAUAUCAAGAACAAAUAACUAUAACAACUUCUAUUCUGGUCCACUUGGUAAUUCAAUCACGGUUUCUGGUCCUAUUUCUGGUAAACAUCGAAACAUGAACUCUUAUUCUGGUCCUAUCGGGAAGUCAACAUCAAAGUCAGGCCCUCUAUCUCGUGCUGCUAAAACCGGGCUCAAAUUGUGGCAUAAACAUGGGAAUUCGUCAAACAUCCAUGGAUCAAAGAGUGCUACACCAAAUCGGUUGAGUACCACUGGACCUUUCAAAGGAUGUAUGCUGGGUGGAAAUGGUUCUCCUGUGAAGAAUUGCCAUAUUAAUCCAAACGCUGCUUGUUCUACAACCCCACAUAGGAUUGAAGAAUCUGAGGUCGAACAUCAUACUGUUAGUAGUUCUAAACAGAAAAUCUUUGAUGCUCCUCCAGAAACUCUUGGUGCUGCUGCUUUAGCACUGCACUACGCUAAUGUUGUUAUCGUACUUGAGAAACUUGUGGCCUCUCCCCACUUAAUCGGUCAUGAUGCAAGAGAUGAUCUGUACAAUAUGUUACCAAAAACCAUUAGAAGCGCUCUCAGAGUGCGGUUAAAACCAUACGCGAAGAGCUUGGCUUCAUCAGAUUACGAUACAGCUUUGGCAGAAGAAUGGAGUGAGGCAAUAUCGGCCACUUUAGAAUGGUUAUCCCCACUUGCUCAUAGCAUGAUACGAUGGCAAUCGGAGAGGAGUUUUGAGCACCAAAAUCUGCUUUCUAAGACGAACGUGCUUCUUGUGCAAACUCUCCACUAUGCAAAUCAAGAAAAGACCGAAGCCACAAUAACUGAGCUUCUCGUUGGUCUCAACUACAUUUGGAGAUUUGGCAGAGAAGUGAAUGCGAAAGCUGUUGGAAUGUGAAAGUGGUGGAUUAAUCGAUGAUUCUUUAAAUUUGGCAAGUUAGCAGCAUGUUUUCAGCUUUCUGGCAAUGACAAACAGCUCCCUUCCCAAAGGCAUCGGGACCUGUUUCAGGAGCCGUUUGCGGGUAGAAGUUGAACCACCAUCGCCUUUCUGAUCAAGCCCGGUGAUCACAAUACUUGGGUCUCCCUCUCUCCUUCCUGUGGUCAAAAGGUACGGUUCGAAAAAUCUAAAAGUAGUUGUUUCAUCAAGCGACCUUUUGGCAUAGAAUUGAUACGGUAUUUGCUUGUUAGGUGGGUGUGUUAUUGUGUAGAUGUAUAGGUAAUGGUCAAAUAUUCUCUAGAGAUUUGUGGAUUUACAAAGUUCUUAUAAAAUAUAACAUGUUUGAAA